CCCAAUACAAUGGGUAGACAAUACUGUUUAAUUUUUUUAUUUGUUUUUUCGAAUAUUUCUUGUUGACAUUUUAAUUUUAUAUUUGAUAAAUUGAAGUAAAUUGUUAGAUUGGAUUAUAUUUUCAAUGUAAAAACCGUGAUAACCGUUUCGUUCAUAUACAUAUUCGGUUAUUUAUAUCGAGGCGAUGAUUUCUUGGAUCUCAGUCUUGUGCAAUUAAAAACAAACCUAAAACAGUCGAUGGGUCUAACAGCGCUGUAUCAAGAUCAAGAAGAAGGACUAUACCGAAGUUUACAGGAUUGAGGUCACAGAUUUCGUCUCAAAAUGUCAAAGUUUAUAACAGAAGUCUAUAUUGAUGUAAAUAAGCGGCAAUCAAUUCUACUCAAUCCAGUGUUUCGUUCUCAGUCUACAACUAUAAAUGAAGUUUUUAGAAAAAAGAAAAAACGCGUAGUAAAACCUCGAUAUUCUAAGUAUGUUGAGCUGCUUGAAGUUACAGACAUAUCAGCCAACGAGCGGAAAUCCCGAGUUAAAAGACUGAAAGCCAAAAAAUUACAGGAGUUCAUUGCUAGAACGCAGGCUCAAAUAAUUGAGAAACGCGCUAAGGAAAAUAAGAAUCUUAAAUACAAAACACCUGUAUUAGAAAAUGUAUCACUUGGAGAUAAACCUAAAAUAAAUGCAGAGCCGGCGAUUUUCAAACAAAUUGACAUAUAUGAAAUGGAUCGUACCAUAUUGGAAUCGGGAAUAUAUGAUGAUAAGCCAAUGAUAUUCUUCGGAAAAGAAGAGUACACGAAACGUGUUAUAAAUAAUACAGAAGACAUAAAUAAUAUCAUAAAGAGUUUCAACAGCUAUCGCGACAUAAUCGAAAGUAUGGGAAAUGAAUGUCAGGAUAUUUCUGAAACGCAGGAAGAUGCUUUCAGUUGUACGGUUCCAAAAGAUAACGAUGUAGAAGAGCUCUUGGAUCCUUUGGAGGCUGCCGAACCUUAUAUUGAUUCAGAUAGCAUUGAAAGUUCUAAAUAUCACAAUGCCCAGAGUACAGAAACUACUGUUUUCUCAAAGCCAAAAUCAAGAUUCAAAUCUAAAAUACAUAAUAAUGAGGAGCAAGAACGAUUUGCAAAAGAAAAAGCUCUUCGAAUCAAUUUGGAAUCAUACCUUAAUGUAUGUGUUUCAGCUGGAAUGGUUCAUCGGGGAAUUGCCACAUUGUUAGCAUAUAGACAGAGAGCAAAAAAGAAAGUGGAAACUCAGGGUCUUAUUACAAUUGAAUUCUACAAUAUUCUACUACAUGGUCUAGCCGAAAAGGGUUCAUUUGAGCGAUUUAAAGAUAUUUUCGCACUAAUCGAGGAAGAUCAAUUGAAAUUUAACGAACAAACUUUUGCCGCUAUUUUUGAAUGUCUAGGGCGCAUGGAAUCAUCUGAAGAGAAUAUUCAACAAAUUAAAAAGUUUGAACAAAUGGCAAAUCAAAAUGGAAUGUCAUUAAAUCAAAUUAUGGAUCGAUCAGUGUUUAUUGCUGACCAAAGAGAUAUUGCUUUAGAUGCUAUUCGCCGCGUCCAACCAGAUUUUACCCCAAUAUAUACACCACCAGUCCUAAGCUAUAAUAACAAACUACUUAAUCAUUUAAAUCAAUUCAUUGUACCUUCAGGGGAAACCUCGUCCCAAUUAACUAGCUCGUCAUCAAUUACAAAUGUGAUGAAGUCAAAAUGUGGUUAUAAAAGGACGGAGCUAGAAAAGAUGGCACGUGAACAACUGAAAGUUGAAUUAGAUGGCUGCAUAACAAUUAAGUCAAUAGAAAGUUCAAAUGAAUUUGCUAAUGCUGAAUAUUGUCGUGGAAAACUGAAAGAACUAGAAGAGAUGUGGCGUACACAAAUAAAUGCUGCCAUCGUGCGUGACUUAAAUACAUUACGAGCCCAAAUUCGUUACAAACCAAAUAGUUUCAUGAAUUAUUACACAUACCUUAAAGCCCUUGACACCACUAUAUAUACCGAUAUUUUGCUACAAGAAAUCUAUAAGUUGGCAGAAGGAUCUGAAACUUUUAGUCCAACAGUAGGACAACUUUAUAAAGAACUUGGCCAGAAAGUUCAGCAAAGAUAUCAAAUUGAGAUGAAAAAGAAAAAUGGCAUUCUGGAAAAAAUUGGAGAAAUAUAUAGCUGUUAUUGCGAUUUAUGGCACGAGGCAAGUACUAAUGACAAUGCUCGCCAAAUGUGGCAACGACUUGUGCACAAUCACCGAGAUAGUGGGCCCAGUAUGGAUGUGAAAUAUGUAAGUUGGCCUACCAAUGUGCAGUCUGGUAUCGGCCGUUUUCUGUACAAUAUUUUGAUCCGUGACAUUAAAAUAGAUGCCCAUAUUAUGCGUCAAAAAGCCAAAAGCAAACAACAGAAUCUUUUACCCGCCUUUUAUACGCUUUUUCGAAAUCAAGGACGCUUAGUAAAGGAAGAAGUAAAACCUCAUCCUGUAUUAGCGAGAUUAUUGCGUACGUCACGGCAGCAAACAUUAACAUUUGAUUCAAGCCUGGUACCCAUGCUAUGCCCACCACAACCUUGGAGUACACCCAAUAAUGGAGGCUACUUACUGAAUAAAUCAGAACUAAUACGUUUGCCUCAUCAAGCCAUACAACAAUGGGAACGAAUAAAUUCAAGCAGCCAGCAGCAAAUUUAUCCUGCUCUUGAUUCUUUGAACCAGCUCUCUAGUAUAGCCUGGCGUGUAAACACUGACAUUCUGGACGUCAUCAUAAAAGUAUUUCAAAAUGGUGGCGACGAUAAACUUGAUGUGCCCCAACCACCAACCUCACUGCCACCAUUGCCUUCGUACGGUGAGGAAAAUACUACCUUAACAACAGCUGAACGAUCGAAACGCUUUAAAGACAAGCUAGCACAUCGUCGAAAACAAGGAGAGAUGUACAGUUUAUGGUGUGAUACAUUAUAUCGACUUUCUUUAGCAAAUCACUAUCGCGAUCGAGUGUUUUGGUUACCUCAUAACAUGGAUUUUCGUGGCCGAGUUUAUCCGAUACCUCCUCAUCUGAAUCAUUUGGGAUCAGACUUGGCGCGAUCUAUGCUUGUGUUUGAUCAAUGCCAACCUUUGGGACAUGAUGGUUUUAGCUGGCUGAAAUUGCAUUGUAUCAACUUAACUGGCAUAAAGAAACGUGAUUCCGUCCAUGAACGUUUACUUUAUGCUGAGGAAAUAAUGGAUGAUAUUAUUGAUUCUGCCGAUAAUCCUUUAACUGGCAGAAUGUGGUGGACCCAAUCAGAUGAACCAUGGCAAACAUUAGCGUGCUGCAUGGAAAUAGCUAAAGUUAGUCGCUCAAGUAAUCCCGAAGGUUUCCUUAGUCGGUUUCCAAUUCAUCAGGACGGAAGUUGUAAUGGGCUACAACACUAUGCAGCACUAGGGCGUGAUGAGGCUGGAGCCAAAAGUGUUAAUUUGUUUCCCUCGCCAUUGCCGCAAGAUGUUUAUAGUGCUGUCGCUGCACUUGUAGAGAAAUCUCGAAAAUCAGAGGCAUUAAACGGAGUCCAAGUUGCGCAAGCAUUAGAGGGUUUUGUCCGUCGUAAGGUUAUUAAACAGACUGUGAUGACUACGGUGUAUGGGGUUACACGCUACGGUGCACGACUGCAAAUAGCUCGCCAGUUAAAAGAUAUUGAAAGUUUUCCCAAAGAAUGGGUAUGGCCCGCUUCCACGUAUUUAACAUCGAAGACUUUUGAAAGCUUACGAGAAAUGUUUACAUCAACACGUGAAAUACAAGAUUGGUUUACGGAAUGUGCGCGACUAAUAUCAGGCGUGUGUGGACAAAAUGUAGAGUGGGUAACACCACUUGGUCUGCCAGUGGUGCAACCAUAUAACCGAAGUGAAGUGAAGCAUACCAUGCGUACCGGUGCAAGAGUUUCUGAAACUAUGGCUAUGGAUAUGUAUGAAAAGCCAAAUGUUAUGAAACAAAAAAAUGCAUUUCCACCAAACUUCAUACAUUCUCUAGACUCUUCCCAUAUGAUGCUCACUUCCCUAUAUUGCGAACAAAAGGGGCUUACAUUUGUGUCCGUACAUGACUGCUUUUGGACUCAUGCAUGUUCAGUGCCUGAUAUGAAUCAGAUUUGCAGAGAACAAUUCGUAUCUUUACAUUCUCAACCUAUUUUAGAGGACUUGUCAACAUUUAUGAGAUCGAAAUAUACCUUCCAAGAAUCUGACAUGCUUAAUGAUGGAUCUGCAGACGACCUUUCUAAACGUAGACUUAAUCGAAUUUUAGGGGAAAUGCCGAGAAAGGGGAAAUUUGAUCUUCGAAACGUUUUGAACUCUGUAUACUUUUUUAGUUGAGCUGCAUUAUAUUAAUAAACUUGAUUAGAGAAAAUUUGCUUUGUUUACAAGACGUUUUAGCAAAGCCAAUUAUUAUUAUUUUUAACUAUUUGUGUGAUUUUGUUACGUAUUUGUAUUAUCUCAUAUGGAUAGGAAAUGUUAAGAAAAACAUAAUACAUAUAAUAUUAAAUUAUUGAAUGGUACACUCUAA